AAUUAAUGCCUAUGAUGCUCUUGGAAAUACCAAAACUUCACUGGAUCCUUUUACAAUUAAAGAUGCAAUUGAUAUUACAGCAGAGGCAUGGAAUAAUAUUACAAAAAAAGUCAUUAAAAAUUGUUGGAAAGCGACUGGUAUAUUGCCAUAUUUUUCUUCUGAAAAUAUUCCUAUCUCUUUUCAAGAAAUUAAUACUAGAGAAAGUAUACCAACUAUUACUAGUACUAUUAGUAGUAGAGAAAGUACACCUACUAUUAAUCAAGAAAAUUUACUUACUGUUACUUCUCAUACAACUAAUCAAGAAGGAUCUAUUACUACUUAUCAUAAAAGUAGUACAACCACCAAUUUAAAAAAUUAUACUACUACUGUUCAAAAUGAUAGUAUUACUAUUAAUCAAUAUGGUAUUGUUACUACUAUUCAAAAUAAUACCAUUACUACUUUAAAUGAAGAUGAAAAUGAAAUUCAAGUAGCAAGGCAAGAAUUUUUAAUUGAACAACAAAAGGAAUUAGAAAAAAUUCAAGGAUUAAUUAAUCAAUUAGAUUAUACCAAUCCAAUAUCUGCUGAUGAAUAUAUUAAUGAGGAUAAAAGAAUUUCUAUUGAAGAAUUUUUAGAUGAUGAAAUGAUUAAUCAGGUAAUAAAAGAAAUUUCUCCAUCAAUUGAAUAUCAAAAUAUCAGAACUCAUGAAAAACCUGAAGAAACAUCUUUGAUUCAAUCUAUUCCGAUGCAAAUUGAAGAAGAAAUUCAAAUUCCUUCAAUUGAUAAA